AUGCGCCAGGAUCUAUGCACGCGCCAUCAAAAGCUUAUAAAUAUUUGCGUGGAGGCAGAAGAGAAGUUGCUACAAGAACAGUGGGACAAUUUGAUAUAUUUACAAAUACACACAUCUAUCUAUCUAUCUAUCUAUCUAUCUAUCUAUGUGCGUUCACAUCAAUCUAUCUCACUCUAUUCAUAUCUAUCUAUCUAUCUAUCUAUCUAUCUAUCUAUCUAUCUAUCUAUCUAUCUCUGUGCGUUCAUAUCAAUCUAUCUCACUGUUCAUAUCUAUCUAUCUAUCUAUCUAUCUAUCUAUCUAUCUAUCUAUCUAUCUAUCUCUGUGCGUUCAUAUCAAUCUAUCUCACUGUCUGUUCAUAUCUAUCUAUCUAUCUAUCUAUCUAUCUAUCUAUCUAUCUAUCUAUCUAUCUAUGACAAAUAUAGGAAUGACAAUUCCAAUACUUUUGAUAUGCUAAACAAGACCGACUACAAUAUUAAAAAAGAUUGA